UCGAGCCCCCAUUUCUCUCCUCACGAUAAAAGUUUCCAAAAUAAACAAAUAAAUCGAAUCAAUCCUUUCAUCGAUCGAUCGAUCGAUCUCGAGAGAAAGAGAGAGAGAGAGAAAGAUGAGCGGGAGCGGGAAGAAGGCGGUGGAGACGGCGGCGAAGGCGGCGAGGUCGAUGAUCGACUGGGACGGCAUGGCCAAGGUCCUCAUCACCGACGAGGCUCGCAAGGAGUACGCCAACCUCCGGCGAGCCUUCGAUGAGGUCAACAACGAACUCCAGACUAAGUUCAGCCAGGAACCUCAACCUAUUGACUGGGAAUAUUACAGGAAAGGAAUUGGCUCCCGUUUGGUGGAUAUGUAUAAAGAAGCUUUUGAUAGUAUGUUUCGUCCUUCUUAUCUCUCGUUUGAUUUCUGUUAUGUUUUUCUUUGAGCACUUUUCUUCAAUUUUUUU